GCCAACAGACCUUUCACAGCCGUGGUGUUCAUGUGAGUGAGAUCUGGCAAGUGAAGCAGCAGUUUGAACUUUGGGUUUCUACUUCUCGGCAAACUUAAGAAUUUCACAAAUCGUACGUUGAAAGAACGCAGUAAGAAAGAGGACUGAACGAUUUACAAGUGUAUCCUUAAAUGCUUUAAGGAAUUAGAAAUCUUUUCUUACACAUAUCUGAAAGAUGGAAAUACAUGUGUUUGUCUGGAUGCUCUUUAUCAAAUCCUUGAACAUCACUACAUGUUCAGCGUUCUUCCCAAAUGUCUGGUCUAAGAUUAUUUCUUUGAGUUGGACUUCGCGCACCCAUCAGAAUAUCACGGAAGAGGCUCUGCUGAUCAUCACCAAACAAGUCUUUCAGACGGUACCUAAUUUCCAAGGCAAAACUCUUGGCUCAAAUUAUUCAGAGCAACAGCUUACUGCCAGUCAGCUCUUUCAGGCCUACUACGGUAGUCCAAUGGUGUCCACCAAGAACUACUGGCAUGCAGUCAAUGAGAUUGUUCGAGCAAAUGCUGCCAUGGACUUUAUAAGUUCUACUCGAAGCAACCCCAUACUCCAUUUUGACUCAGAGCGAAUCCAAGAAGCCAACGACCUUUUGUUCAAGUCUAGGAAACAGAUUAUUGAUUCAAUCCAAGCUGGAGAUUUUAAAGGUGCCAGAGAGAAACUAGGCCGUGUACUACACUCACUACAGGACUUUUACAGUCACAGCAACUGGAUUGAAAUGGGCUUCAGAAAAAUCCAUCCCAAGCUGCUAAAAUCCACAGAAAAAGUUGGACUUCUUGCACCUGAGAAUAUGCAAACAUGUACAGACUGUGACAGAUUUACCUGUAACAACAACAUCCUGGAGAAAAUCAACAAAAAUAAAUUUCUGACUACAGGCUACUAUGGUGAUGAUCCCAAAAAGCCUCCAGGGAAAUGCAGUCAUGGAGGCAUAUUUGAUAAAAGCCGCCAUCAAAGUGCAAAAGGUGGAAUCAAUAAAGACACUACUUCUUUUCUCUUCUCUCCUCACAAUUAUCUUCAUGAGGAUGCUGCUCACCUUGCCACUCUUGCAACUGUUGCCACACUUGAGGAUCUGUGGAAUGCAGUAGGAAAUGAAGCCUUUCUCAUGCUUUUAAAUGUCCUUCACCACAUGGUACUUUGCUUUGUGAUUGAUACCACUGGCAGCAUGUUUGAAGAAAUUGAUGCAGCACGUCAACGAGCCAUUUCAGUCAUCCAGGAGAGAAAGGGGCUGUACCCUGAAACAUUUCUUUAUGUCCUGGUUCCUUUUCAUGACCCAGGCUUUGGGCCAGUUUACAAAACCACUGAUCCAGAGAAGUUUAUUAUGUUUCUGAACAAUCUUACUUCAUUGUCAGGAGGUGACGAACCUGAGAUGUGUCUAUCAGCCAUUAAGUUGGCACUGGAAAAUACCCCGCCACUCUCUGAGAUCUUUGUCUUCACUGAUGCUUCUCCUAAAGAUAUUAAUCUUCAAAGUAUUAUUGAAGCCUUAAUAAUUCAAAAAGGAUCAAAGGUAACAUUUCUUCUCACAGAGGACCCCUCAAGAAAUCGAAAAAAAAGAAGAGCACUUGUGCCUCCUAAUCGUUUUUCAGUGUACACUAAACUUGCUGCUCUUUCUGGAGGACUCAGUUUAUUUACAACAAAUAAAGAGAUUCUGCCCGUGUCCUCAGUCAUCCAAGACAACACUGCAUAUGCCAAGGUGACUUUGCUUCAUCUGCAGCUCUGGUCCCAAGGUGGUACUUCCACUGGUAUUUUCCAUGUGGAUAGUACUGUGAAAAAUGUCAGCAUUCAUUUAAUAGGAGUUGUACACAGUGUGAUUCUCUUCAGUCCAACAGGGAAACAACAGGCUGAUUCAUCAGGAGAUUUGGCAUUUAUUGAAAGAUUUGAUGGAUUUUGCAGAAUUGGCUUUAAGUCGCCAAUAAUCUUGGGAGCUUGGAAAUGUGACAUUAUAUAUCAAGGGAAGGUCAUGGUGGAUGUUUUUGGCCAGAGUACUGUUGACUUCCUACAUCAUUUUGCAGUGGAACUGGAAGGAAAUCAUCCAGGCCUUUCUGUAUUAGAAAGUCAACCAAUUGCAGGCAUCCCCACUUUUAUCCUUGGGUCCAUCACUGGCUUGCCCAUGGACAACUCGAUCUCAUUUAGUGAUGUGGUCCUGCAGGGAGCUGAUGGUCAGAUUCUUCAGGUGCUAAAACUAGAAACCAUGGGUUUAAAAGGAGAAUUUUUUGCAAAGUCUGAAAGCCUUCCAGACUGCUUAUUUUCAGUUAAAAUAAUAGGAACAGACAAAAUUGGCAACAUUAUUGAGCGGUUAUCCCCUGGAUUGAAUCAUGUGGCACAAGUUUUAAUAAAGGCAUCCUCUAUCCCAUCUCUGUACCCUGGACAAAGCACCAACAUUUGGCUAAAUAUCUCUAAUUUUGGACAAACAAGGGAUAUUACAGUUACAGUUGGAGACGACAGGCAGUUUGUGAAAUCACAGUCACAAAAAAGGUACCACAUGUCUGAAAAUGAUACUGUUCCUGUGCAAAUCACAUUAGAAACUCCAUCAGAUGCCAAAGUGGGCAGCGCAGUGACCAUGAGUAUUGCUGUGGAAACCAAAGACAAAACUGAUAGCAAUUAUGCUGUUCUACAUUUGAGUGUGGCUGACCCGGUUGUGGAUGUUUAUCCUCCAUUAUGCUCAUACGAUACUGAAAGUCCGUGCCCUCUUUCUCAAAGAGAGUGCAGCCACAGCUCCUGGACUACCACACUCUUGUUCCAAAACAGUAAAUCUAUAAUAUCCAGACUGGAAUUGCGUCAAGGACAAGGCAGACUAAGACUUAGAGCCAAAUCUGUCGACAUGUGGAUCGACAUUCAGAUGGGACAGAUAGUCAACCUCACAAGCUAUUCUGCAGAUGAAAUCUUUGCCAACUACAUCUCCAGCUGCUGUUCUCCGACGGCAGAGCUUAUCUUAUGGGAUGACAUUGGUAAUCAAGGAGGUUGUGUUGUUUCUGCACUGCAACCAGCAGCAACAGGAGAUAGACAAGAAGCCUACAAGACGCUGACUUUGCAAGUGAUUCUACUCUUCUUAUUGUCUCCCUUAUAUUUUUGGCAAUAGUCAUAUAAUGUUCUGCAACUAUCACUACUGAAAAUGAAUAGACUUGAAACAUACUUAAAGUUACUCUAGAGUUCACAGUGAGGAACAUAAGCAUUUUGUUUCCUACAUUUUUUUAUUGAAUUCUACUUUGCUAUUGUUCAAAAUGAGUUUGGUGUAUCCAGCCCCACAAAUAAAGUUUUUCAGUAAAAUAAUGAUUUAAAACUCU